AUGGAACCUUUCCAUCGUAUUGGAAUUUCUAAAGAAGAAUUUAGUCUAAUUUUGGCAAUUAUAUAUUUAAAUCCAGAUAUCCCCGGUUUAUCAGAAUUCGCGAGAAAUAUCCUUUCAAUUGAAUUUUCCUUCUAUUCUAAAAUGUUACUUAAUUAUUUACAUAAUAAAUUCGGUAUAGAUGCUGGAACUAAAAAGUAUGCUGAAUGUUUUCAUUUAAUUUCAACUUCAUUUAUUGGAGCACAAAACUUUACUUCAUUAUAUAUUUAUCAAGAAGCUUUAUAUAAACGUCCACCACAAAGUUUAAAAAUCCCAAAUUCUCUUAAAGCUAUUUUUUCAAUUUAACAAAAGAUAUUUAUAAUUAUAUUUUGGUUGGGUAUGUAAUUUAUAUGCUAUGUACGUUCUUAAUUAAAUUCUGGUUUUGUAUGAUUCUUUAAAUAUGUUCUGGGUACGGCAAAUUUUCGACCUCUCUAAAUAAGUUCGCUCCCUUCUAUAUAAUUUAUGAAAAUAAUUUUCUUGAAUAAAUUUUUGAGAAUAAUUGAUUC